GAAAAGUGACUUUUUAUUAAACAUUUUGCGUAUGAGGCCUGGCCAGUGGGUGGCGGCACUGCCUUGUGAUGUUGACACCCACGACUGAAGUGUUCGUUGCGUCAUCAUUUCGCGCCAAUUACAACCAAAACAGGCAUUCUUGCUCUACAGUGAAAACAUGAGUAACUUCUCAAGUAAGAGAUAAUGCCAUUAUCUGCUGAUUAUGCUGCAGCCAGAGUUCACCCAUGCUCCGCUUGAAGAAAAUGGUAUGUUAAAAAACAGCGGCGAAGACCAUCCGAAAGGAGCCGAAGAGGGGGAGGAGAGGGGGGAGAGAAGCCCGUUCUGCUUCACUCCACAGCGCAUCCACCUGAACAAGGACCACGAACUGUUUGAGGAUGGCGACAUUCUGCGACACAUGUACCUGCAAGACCUCUACAUCUCAGAGACAGAAGACAAGCAAGCGCUCAGUGUGUCAGAGUUUGCCUGCCACAUCUCUGGCUGCACUGCCGUCUUCAGCACAUUGGAGGAGUACGAGCACCACUACAACUCCCUGCACAGGCACGUGUGCUGCACCUGCCACCGAUCCUUCCCAAGUGCCCAACUCCUGGACAUUCACAUUCAGGAGUGGCAUGACUCUGUCUUUGCCAUUCUUGCUCAGAAGCAGGACAUGUACCAGUGUUUGGUAGCAGGCUGUGGGCUGAUGUUCAGGACUAGUAAACAAAGGAAAGACCACCUCAUAAGAAUUCACAAGUACCCUCCAGAUUUCAGAUUUGACAAAAGCAAGGACAGAGGAACAAGAGAAGCAAAGAGACAGACGCAGAAGGACUCCUCCAUGGUGGUGGAGGUUGAUGCUUGUGAGGCUGACGGUGAGCAAGAGGAAUCCAUGGAGACACAUGUGUCCGAGGAAGCUACCAGCUCAGAGACGGUCUCAGGGCCAGUAAAACCACAAUACUCAUACAGGUUGGUCGUGGCAAUAAGAGAUACAGUUCUCAGGGUUCCUUCAAAUGUGUGCUUUGGUCACAGCUCAGUCCGAGGCUUCAGAGGACGACGGAGAAAAUGAAAUGAAACACCACAAUUGACUUAUUUGUCGGAGACACCUUCUGUACUUUUAAAUGUCUUUUGUGUAAUUAACUUGAAAUAAAACUACUUUUUUAACGUAAAAGUGUAACACAUAAUUACUCAUUUAGGUGAUGAAGGUAAGAUACAAUGAUUGUGUUACCCAUUUGUUGUCAUGCUUAUGUUGGUUUUGGUGACAUCUUCCCUUGAUAAGAAGGUGAUGAGGACCAAUUGCGCUGAUAAAUAAUAACAAACUUUAUUAUAAGAAUGCUGUACAGCAUUGUAACGAUCCUGUUUGUUCAAUACAUUUUCGAACUUAACUCAUUCCCCACACUUUCAGAAAUUUUUAGAGGUUAUAUAUAAAAAUGUUGGUUGCACCUUGGUUAGGACAUAUAGGCAAUGUCUUUUGUGAAUAUGUCUGUACGACUUUUUGGAAUGUUUACAUUUUGUGGAGUUCUUCUAUUUUUUGCUCUCGUUGCAAUAAAUGGAGAAUCCCUCAAAAACGUCAACCUCACACUACUUUAGUGUAUUUGUAGAGUUCUCAUAAAAAAAGGGUCAAGGGUCAACUAAAUCAAAGAACACUGGUCUUAAAUGUAAAAAUAAAACUGAAGAAAGCCUUGUAGUUACCAGAAAAGGUUAAUAAAGGCUAAUUUUGAUGUAACCAAAACCUGCGCAUGAGCGACCGAAUUUGCCUCAAUAAAUGGGGAGUUUUGUUACACGCAUUUACAACCCAAUAUGCGCCACUUCCGGUCAAAACUGGAAGUGACUAUAAUUGAAUUUAUUUAAUUUCUUUUCUAUGAUUUGAUAUUAUUUGAAUUUUUUUGUAAUCUAUUAGAUUUACAAUUUGUCUUUUAAUUUGG